CCGAAGUUCCGUUGCAGGAGGAAUUAAGGGCAGAAGCCUUUAUUUCUCACACCUUCACCGGAGCGUCCUCACUUCACUGAAGCCGCGCCUGACAGGAUGUCGACCACGAACUUUACAGAUAUGGAAUUGGACUUCGGGGAGCUUCUUCAAGAGUUCAAUGCCGUGGCUGAGGAGCUGUCUGCUCCAUCACUCAAAGCUCCUCACGCUUACGAGCACCUCCUCAAUGAGGCUAAACGGCGCUCCAACGACGGAGUGAACGACAGCGGCAUCGAAGAUGCAGAUGAAGGUAGCGAACCAUCCCGAGGAAACAGCUUGAAUGCUAGUGUGGAGGAGCUGAGGACCGCAGGCACUUUGACUGCAACAAAAGCCAAACUUGGGGACACCACAGACCUAGAAAGCUUCAUUGAGAACCUGGACAAAGAGCUUGCAGAGAUGUGAGCAGACAGGACCCACGUGACUGCAGAACAGGAGCCAAGAAGACCAGCAUGUACACGAGCACACAACGAGAACCGGAGGAACUUCCUGAGAAUUGGCAUCUUUGAGAACCCCAGACAAGCUGAGCUUCUGCCUCUGUUGGGCAGGAGGUUAGAAGGAGUAAUCCACCCAAAUUGCUAACAUGGAAAACAAGGAAUAGUUAUCAUUAGGGAUUCACUGAUAUGGACUUUCUGGGCCAGUAACAAUAACCGAUACCUGAUUGAUACCCGAUUGAUAUUCACCUACCAUGAAAAUGUGGUCCAGAUAAAAGGAUUUGGUAAAUAACUUUAAUGUCUGAUUCA